AUGGAUCUAGAGCGCCGGCUGGACAGCACCAUCGCCAACCAUCAAAAAAAUCCUAGAGCAGAGGCCGCACGAAAACCGUAAGCUGAAUGAAACAGCCUACACAAGACAACUACCAAGAGUAAGGCAUAUUUUCCUAGCUGGAAAAAAUGCUUGGAGGAACGAAUUGAAUAUGAUUACCUCGUAUCACGUUGAUUGGCGUUGCGGUGGGAUGUAGAGGAGAAGUGUGAUAUGAUUUUGGCUACGGAUAGAGGUUGGUUCAAGCCCCCCCUCCCACCUAAAGACUACUAGCGGUAUGGA